AUGAUGGCAAGCACAUUGAGAUGCGGGGCAUAUCACCACCACCAGAUCAACAAGGCCGGCAUACUGGAGUGUUUCCAGCAAGGUCAACACCAGGUCAUCGUGGCGACAAGUGCACUGGGCAUGGGAAUCGACAUCCCCAACAUCUGCAGCAUCAUCCACGUCGGACGGCCGCGAUCAUUGCUGGAUUAUGGACAGGAGAGCGGGCGUGCAGGGUGUGAUGGACAGACCAGUGAAGCCAUCAUCAUUGAGCCCGAGGGUAUCAGUACAGCAAUGAUAUGGUCAAGAAAGGAUGCACCAUCACUGCUGGACCAGAAGCUGGUUGAGCGGUACAUGCAGGCAGGGGGUGAGGGGGGUGAUGAACCGAUGGCUCGAUGUCGACGGGUGGUGCUGGACCGGUACCUGGACGGGGAAGUGGAGGGUUACAUGAGACGGCACUGCGGUGAUCGACACACAGGGGAGUCCCAGUGUGACGGGUGCGAUGCCGAGUGGGAGGCCAGGGAGGCCGUGUUCACCCCCAGCCCAGGUGGCACGCCCACGCCCACACCCAGUCCAGGCUACAGUUCAAGAGCAACAGCCAAGGAUGACUCCAGCGAGGAUGAAACCAGCCAGGAGUCAGAGAUGGAGAGCCAGCAGGGUGAAACCCACAUCAGAUUCAACGGCACAUGCAGUCCCAGAAUGGCCAGAAGUGUGAGCAAGAGCACAGACGACAACAUAAAUGAAAGCAUCACCAAGAAUGAAGCUUCAACUUCAGGCGGGAGCAGCCCGGGUCAAUGGAACAAGCAAGAGUCAAGUGAAAUCAGUGAAGACACCAGGGGCAUCCCAUCAACAACCAGACAGACAUUCCACAAGCAGGAUGUCCGUCGAGGCCGGUUCAUCAUCACACACCAGCAGCGAGGGCAGAGGGCAUUGAUGGAUGAGGAGGUUUUAGUGGAAGAGGCGCAGAGGUGGAAGGAUCAGUGUUUGAUAUGUGCAAGUGGCAAGCGGGAGUUUGACCAUGAGCUGUACCAGUGUCCCCACGAGGAGAGCCAGGAGGCAAAGAGAUGGAUGAUGACAGUGCGGAGCAAGAUCAAAUACACACGGUAUUCCGGGUGCUUCCGAUGCGGGAUGCCGCAGUCCAUAUGCAACAGCUGGAAGACACAGAGGCAGUGUCCGUACAGGGGAUUUUUGAUCCCGACGGUAGCAAUGAUGGUGUAUGGGUGUCAUGCAGGGCAGAUGAAGCAGGCGUGGAGACAGCGGCUGAGAGAGUUCAAUGUGGAUGCAGAUGAUCAGGAGGCGGUGAUUGAAUUUUUGGGACAUAAGGUUGAGGGGCAGGGCAUCGAGCACAAUCCAGCUGGUGGAGAUGUUUUGUUGGCUGCGAGGGAUAUAUCAGGAGGCAGAGAGGGGGAAGAUGGAGUCAGAGGGUACAGAGGUCAAGUGAUAUCAUGGGUGAGGGGCACAUCACGGGUGAGAGGCACCACAGGAGGAUGA